AUGGCCGGACGCUUCGUCGCCCAGAGCCAGGAAGCGUUCGAUGAAGAGCAGCGCAUGUAUGGCCAUGGUGCCAUGACCGAGGAAGAGUUGGAUGAGAAAUACCCCAACCGUCCGCACAAUCAUUCCACAACCCUGCCCUUCCAUUCCCUUUUCCUGGACCUCUUCAACCCUCUGAAUGAAAACAAGAAGAAGCCCACCGGCCCCGUUGCCUCUCGCAGGAAACAAGGCCCACAUGGCCAGUCCCACAUGACCCCGAAUGAGAUCCGUCGUAACAUCGUCGACCGCUUUAUUUCAAAAUGGCGCCAGCAAGUAGGCAACGACAUCUACCCCGCCUUCCGCCUCAUCAUCCCGGAGAAGGACCGUGACCGCGCCAUGUACGGCCUGAAGGAAAAGGCCAUUGGCAAACUGCUGGUGCGCAUCCUCCGCAUCGACAAGGACUCGGAGGAUGGCUUCAACCUCCUGAACUGGAGGCUUCCUGGCCAGAAUCCUGGAGCCGCCAUGGCUGGCGACUUUGCUGGCAGAUGCUUCGAUGUUAUUUCUAAGCGGCCCAUACUAACCAAGCCCGGCAAUAUGACCAUCGGCGAGGUCAACGAGCGGCUCGACACGCUCUCUGCUUCUUCCAAAGACGAAGACCAGCUUCCCAUCUUCCAAGAAUUCUACCAGCGCAUGAAUGCCGAGGAGAUGAUGUGGCUCAUCCGUGUCAUUCUCCGCCAGAUGAAGGUUGGCGCAACUGAGAGGACCAUCUUCGAUAUAUGGCACCCCGAUGCCGAGAGCCUCUUCAACGUGUCUUCCAGCCUGCGCAGGGUGUGCUGGGAGCUGCACGACCCUUCGAUCCGCCUUGAUGGAGGAGGCGCUGCCAUCACUCUCAUGCAGUGUUUCCAGCCGCAACUGGCUGCUUUUCAGAUGUACUCGUUGGAGAAGAUGGUGCAGCGCAUGAAGCCAACCGAAGAAGACGACGAGUUCUGGGUUGAGGAGAAGCUCGACGGUGAGCGCAUGCAACUACACAUGGUCGAGGACGAGAGCGUGCCCGGUGGCAAGCGCUUCCGCUUCUGGUCUCGCAAAGCAAAGGAAUACACCUAUCUUUACGGGAAUGGAUUUGAAGAUGACAACAGCGCCCUCACGCGCCACCUCAAGGAUGCCUUCCAUGACGGGGUGCGCAACAUCAUUCUCGAUGGAGAGAUGAUCACCUGGGACAUGGAGCAGGAUGCCACAGUGCCGUUUGGAACCCUCAAGACAGCAGCUCUUUCGGAGCAGAAGAAUCCCUUCUCCACUGGCCGACGUCCGCUUUAUAAAAUAUUCGACUGUCUCUAUCUGAAUGACGAGCCUCUCACGCAAUAUACGCUACGCGACCGUCGAAAGGCGCUCGCUGCCAGCAUCCACUCCAUCCACCGCCGUUUCGAGAUCCACAGUUACUCGUCCGCCCACACUCCAUCCGAGAUUGAGCCCCUUCUGCGCAAGGUCGUGGCUGAGGCUUCGGAAGGUCUAGUCAUCAAGAACCCGCGCUCAUCCUAUCGGCUCAACCAACGCAAUGACGAUUGGAUCAAGGUAAAACCCGAGUACAUGACCGAGUUCGGCGAAGAGCUAGACUGCGUCAUCAUCGGCGGCUACUGGGGGUCCGGGAACCGCGGAGGCAAGCUUUCCAGCUUCAUGUGCGGGCUGCGUGUCGACCAGGCCCAGAUCGAGCAGGGAGCCAACCCGAUGAAGUGCUUUUCCUUCUUCAAGGUCGGCGGUGGCAUGACGGCCAAUGACUACGCCGCUAUACGACACGCCACGGGCGACAAGUGGCAAACGUGGGACGCGGCCCGGCCACCGACUGAGUUCAUUGAGCUGGCAGGCGGCGAGGAGCGGCAAUUCGAAAAACCCGACGUGUGGAUCAAGCCCUGUGAUAGCGUGGUCGUGUCAGUCAAAGCUGCAUCUGUUGGAACGACGGAGCAGUUCCGCAUGGGGCUGACGCUCCGUUUCCCGCGCUUCAAAAAGCUGCGGGAUGACAAGACUUGGAAGGAGGCGCUGUCCAUCCAGGACUUCAUGACGCUGAAAGCGAACGCAGAACGUGAACACGCCGCGAAAGAGUUCAAAAUCGACGAAGCCCGCCGGGUCAAGCGCCAGCGCACCUCGAAGAAGCGGCCCAUGACCAUCGCGGGCGUCGAUGAUGAUGCGGCUUCCACCAGCAACACCACCACCCUAUCCGACCCCAAAGCAGCCGGGCACCCUAGCACCGCAGCCGCCGCCGUCCCGAACGUCUUCGCCGGCCUGACCUUCUACAUCAUGACCGAAUCCGUCUCCCCCAAGAAAUCCAAAGCCGAGCUCGAAGCGCUGGUCAAGGCCCACGGCGGCGCCCUCGUCCACUCCCCCGCGGCGGCCGCCCACGUCCUCUGCAUCGCCGACCGCCGCCUCGUCCCCGUCGCGUCGCUGGUGAAGAAGAACGACCGCAGCGUCAUCCGCCCCGCCUGGCUGCUCGACUGCGUCGCCCAGGCCACGUCGGACGCCGCCACCCGUCCCGGCGGCGCACCCGCAGCCGACGCCCCGUUCCUCCUGCCGUACGAGGGAAACAGACACCUCUUCCACGCCACGGACGAGGACGCGGUCAGGGCGGAGGAGAGCGUGGACGAAUGGGGCGACGCGUUUGCGAGGGAUGUGGGGUCGGUGGAGGAGUUGAAGGCCAUCAUGGACGGGAUGCCGGACCGUGCGGAGGCGGUGGUGAAGGAGGAGGAGGGAGGGAGGGAGCGGAAGCGGCGGAUCAGGGGAGCGCCAGCGGCGGCCUUUGACGUGGACGCCUUCCUCGAGCAAGCGGAAGAUGAGCACCGGGUGCGCUUGUUGGGUGGCGAUGUGGCGGCGGCGCGGGGCUGGCUGUUUCGCGGGUGUAGGGUUUGGUUUGAUGACGGCCACGAGGACGAGGACGAGCACGAUCACGAUCACGAUCAGGACCACGACACCGGCGGCGACGAAGUGGAUGGGAAAGAUGCGAAUGACGAGCAGGCGGCGCGCCGCAUGCGACUGUAUCUCGCGAAGCAGUUGGUCCGGUUCGCGGGCGGCAGCGUGGCGGAGAGUGGUGCCUUGCAAUUGGCUUCGGAUUUUGACGUGACGCACGUUGUUGUAGGAGCCGCGAGUGCCAAUAAUAAGGAUAGGCUGGGAGAGAUACGACGGACGCUUGCGGAUAGGAUGGAGAGCGGCAAUAGUAGUAGGGUUCCGCGCGUGGUGGGGGUGGAGUGGGUGGAGGAGAGCUGGAAGGAGAGGACAUUGGUGGAUGAGGAAAUGUUUGUUGCGAGGUGA